CCGGUAACAACGUCCGCCGAGAAGGUUAAACACUGUAGUGGAUAAUUGAGAGAGUUUAACACUGUUGUGGGUGAUUUAAAGAGUCACGUUAGAGAGAAAAUAGUCUUUAAACUACAGAGAUGGAGGAGAAAGACGAGCGGGUCGACCUGAUUCAGAGAUUCACCGUCAACAGUUUGAGGUUGGACCCGGACUCAUGGCGGGACUUCGUGUUAGAGGAGGAGAACCAGGUGGUUUUUACCGGUUUCUUUAAAUCUAAAGACUUUAAAACGAUGUUCAUCAACCGAGACUCAGAGGGCCGCCUCAAAGUCAGCUUCCAGUUCCCUGAAAAUGUCCAAACUAAAGUCAUCUGUGUCUCUAAAACGGUCCGAGAAGCUCUGAGCGAAGAAAAUAUCAGAGACAGUUUAACAGUUCAGGAGAUUCACGGAGAGGACGCCAUGACAGUCACCGCCUCAGUCUGCCAACAGGUGAGACAGGUUAAAGUCAGGUUAACCCUUGUGUACACCUUAAAAUAUACUUGUUUACCUUGUGUACACAAAUGGUCCAUCAUUCAAAGUGCAGUAAAAACGUCUUACAUUAAUAAUGUCUUUUACUUUUACAGCAUCACAUCUUUGUCAUCAUCUUCAGACCUAUUCUUAGAUAUGAAGUUUCUUAUUUUUCAAUUGGAAAAACAUGUGAAAUGAAAUAUUUCCAAAAAUGAGUUGCAAAAGAAGUAUUUUUAAUAAAGCUAUAACAGCCUUGACCAUGUCAAUAAUUGAUAAAAAAAUAUUGAUUUUAAUGCAUUAUUAUUUUUGGCACAACUAGAGUUUGAAUGCAGGUGAGUUAGGGUCAGGGUACACCUUUGUAACUGAUUAACCACCUCAGGUGUCAUCCUUUGAAAUUCUAAACAAUGAUUGGCUGUUUAUCAUUCAAGAGGCGGGGCUUGUGUAAUUAAGGUGGGGUGAUAAAGGCGAGCACUUUAGAGUGAGAGAGACCGCCCUGAUUCCAAACAUGAGGGUUCGACGUUCUCGUGGUUAAAGCUCUCAGUUGAUGCACGUCUGUGUGAACCCUGAAAAUAAAAUAACACUUCCUCUGAGGUUGAAGUCACAGACAGGUGUGUUAGCACCUCCUGCUGGACAGUCUGGAUACAUCUGACUGGAGGUUAUGGGUGUUUCCUGUCCACCCUCAGGUGACAUGCCCGUUGCUAGGCAGCCUAGCAGAGCAGCAGCCAAUCAGCUGGGCAGCAGGUGAGGGCGAUGAGUCGCAGACGAUUAUGGAGCGACAGAAGACCGCAACGCAGGUGAUGAGGGCUCAGAUCGAAGGGCGGAUCUUUCUUCCUCACCCUGCGGCUCUGCAGGACGCCAGUUACUAUGACAACUGUGUGGGGGGGUAAGACGAACAAACAGCUGUUAAUGAUGUCAUUUAACCAAAAAAGGCCGUCAUCCUCUGACAGGAAGCUUCUUCUUCUCCUCUCUUUCUUAGGGAGCUCUCCCCCGCCUGUGACACCACCAUAGUGGAGUGGGCGGAGUUUGUGUCAGAGUUCUUAAAGGAGAACUCAUCUGAAGUGGUUCUCAAAGGACUGAAGCCUUUCCCUUCAGAGGAGUUUAACUUCUGGAUGAAGAGACGAAACAACCUGCGCUUCCUCCAGGAACAGGUGAUUCAUCCUGAGGACACCGGAAAAAAAACACAGAAUACUCCUUUAAAUGAUCUAAAAAACACAGAAUACUCCUUUUAAAUGAUCUAAAAACACAGAAUACUCCUUUUAAAUGUUUGAAAAAACACAGAAUACUCCUUUAAAUGAUCUAAAAAACACAGAAUACUCCUUUAAAUGAUCUAAAAAACACAGAAUACUCCUUUAAAUUAUUGAAAAACACAGAAUACUCCUUUAAAUGAUCUAAAAAACACAGAAUACUCCUUUAAAUGAUCUAAAAAACACAGAAUACUCCUUUACAUGAUCUAAAAACACAGAAUACUCCUUUAAAUGAUCUAAAAAACACAGAAUACUCCUUUAAAUGAUCUAAAAAACACAGAAUACUCCUUUAAAUGAUCUAAAAACACAGAAUACUCCUUUAAAUGAUCUAAAAAACACAGAAUACUCCUUUACAUGUUUGAAAAAACACAGAAUACUCCUUUAAAUGAUCUAAAAACACAGAAUACUCCUUUAAAUGAUCUAAAAACACAGAAUACACCUUUAAAUGAUCUAAAAACACAGAAUACUCCUUUAAAUGUUUGAAAAAACACAGAAUACUCCUUUAAAUAAUCUAAAAAACACAGAAUACUCCUUUAAAUGAUCGAAAAACACAGAAUACUCCUUUAAAUGAUCUAAAAAACACAGAAUACUCCUUUAGAUUAUUAAAAAACACAGAAUACUCCUUUAAAUGAUCUAAAAACACAGAAUACUCCUUUAAAUGUUUGAAAAAACACAGAAUACUCCUUUAAAUGAUCUAAAAACACAGAAUACUCCUUUAAAUGAUCUAAAAACACAGAAUACACCUUUAAAUGAUCUAAAAACACAGAAUACUCCUUUAAAUGAUCUAAAAACACAGAAUACUCCUUUAAAUGAUCUAAAAACACAGAAUACUCCUUUAAAUGAUCUAAAAACACAGAAUACUCCUUUAAAUGAUCUAAAAACACAGAAUACUCCUUUAAAUGAUCUAAAAAACACAGAAUACUCCUUUAAAUUAUUGAAAAACACAGAAUACUCCUUUAAAUAAUCUAAAAAAAACACAGAAUACUCCUUUAAAUGAUCUAAAAAAAACACAGAAUACUCCUUUAAAUGAUCUAAAAAAAACACAGAAUACUCCUUUAAAUGAUCUAAAAACACAGAAUACUCCUUUAAAUGAUCUAAAAACACAGAAUACUCCUUUAAAUGAUCGAAAAACACAGAAUACUCCUUUAAAUGAUCGAAAAACACAGAAUACUCCUUUAAAUGAUCUAAAAAAAACAGAAUACUCCUUUAAAUGAUCGAAAAACACAGAAUACUCCUUUAAAUGAUCGAAAAACACAGAAUACUCCUUUAAAUGAUCUAAAAAACACAGAAUACUCCUUUAAAUAAUCUAAAAAACACAGAAUACUCCUUUUAAAUGAUCUAAAAAACACAGAAUACUCCUUUAGAUUAUUAAAAAACACAGAAUACUCCUUUAAAUGAUCUAAAAAACACAGAAUACUCCUUUAGAUUAUUAAAAAACACAGAAUACUCCUUUAAAUGAUCUAAAAAACACACAAUACUCCUUUAAAUGUUUGAAAAAACACAGAAUACUCCUUUAAAUGAUCUAAAAACACAGAAUACUCCUUUAAAUGAUCGAAAAACACAGAAUACUCCUUUAAAUGAUUGAAAAAACACAGAAUACUCCUUUAAAUGAUCUAAAAACACAGAAUACUCCUUUAAAUGAUCUAAAAAAAACACAGAAUACUCCUUUAAAUGUUUGAAAAAACACAGAAUACUCCUUUAAAUGAUCUAAAAAACACAGAAUACUCCUUUAAAUGAUCUAAAAAAAACACAGAAUACUCCUUUAAAUGAUCUAAAAAAAACACAGAAUACUCCUUUUAAAUGAUCUAAAAAAAACACAGAAUACUCCUUUAAAUGAUCUAAAAACACAGAAUACUCCUUUAAAUGAUCUAAAAACACAGAAUACUCCUUUAAAUGAUCUAAAAACACAGAAUACUCCUUUAAAUGAUCUAAAAACACAGAAUACUCCUUUAAAUGAUCGAAAAACACAGAAUACUCCUUUAAAUGAUCUAAAAAGAACAGAAUACUCCUUUAAAUGAUCGAAAAACACAGAAUACUCCUUUAAAUGAUCGAAAAACACAGAAUACUCCUUUAAAUGAUCUAAAAAACACAGAAUACUCCUUUAAAUAAUCUAAAAAACACAGAAUACUCCUUUUAAAUGUUUGAAAAAACACAGAAUACUCCUUUAGAUUAUUAAAAAACACAGAAUACUCCUUUAAAUGAUCUAAAAAACACAGAAUACUCCUUUAGAUUAUUAAAAAACACAGAAUACUCCUUUAAAUGAUCUAAAAAACACAGAAUACUCCUUUAAAUGAUCUAAAAAACACACAAUACUCCUUUAAAUGUUUGAAAAAACACAGAAUACUCCUUUAAAUGAUCUAAAAACACAGAAUACUCCUUUAAAUGAUCGAAAAACACAGAAUACUCCUUUAAAUGAUUGAAAAAACACAGAAUACUCCUUUAAAUGAUCUAAAAACACAGAAUACUCCUUUAAAUGAUCUAAAAAAAACACAGAAUACUCCUUUAAAUGUUUGAAAAAACACAGAAUACUCCUUUAAAUGAUCUAAAAAACACAGAAUACUCCUUUAAAUGAUCUAAAAAAAACACAGAAUACUCCUUUAAAUGAUCUAAAAAAAACACAGAAUACUCCUUUAAAUGAUCUAAAAAACACAGAAUACUCCUUUAAAUGAUCUAAAAAAAACACAGAAUACUCCUUUAAAUGAUCUAAAAACACAGAAUACUCCUUUAAAUGAUCUAAAAACACAGAAUACUCCUUUAAAUGAUCUAAAAACACAGAAUACUCCUUUAAAUAAUCUAAAAAACACAGAAUACUCCUUUAAAUGAUCUAAAAAACACAGAAUACUCCUUUAAAUGAUCUAAAAAACACAGAAUACUCCUUUAAAUGUUUGAAAAAACACAGAAUACUCCUUUAAAUGAUCUAAAAACACAGAAUACUCCUUUAAAUGAUCUAAAAAACACAGAAUACUCCUUUAAAUGAUCUAAAAAACACAGAAUACUCCUUUAAAUAAUCUAAAAAACACAGAAUACUCCUUUAAAUAAUCUAAAAAACACAGAAUACUCCUUUAAAUGAUCUAAAAAACACAGAAUACUCCUUUAAAUGAUCUAAAAACACAGAAUACUCCUUUAAAUAAUCUAAAAAACACAGAAUACUCCUUUAAAUGUUUGAAAAAACACAGAAUACUCCUUUAAAUAAUCUAAAAAACACAGAAUACUCCUUUAAAUGAUCUAAAAACACAGAAUACUCCUUUAAAUGAUCUAAAAACACAGAAUACUC